GCCUCAACUCUGCGGACAGGGCUGGGCACACGGAGCUUUGAGGGGACUGACUGCAGGGCAGAUCUAAGGGGGUGUCCCAGCUGACAGCUUCUUCUCCCAGCUCCACUGGUGGAUUGUCUGUGACAAAUCCUCCUCAGACAGCCCGGUGAAUGCGGUACAACCACGACGGAGCAACCGCCAGCGACAGCGUCGCCUCAGCGGAGCCCCUCAGCGGGGCAGCCGCGGCCGAGGCGCGCCGGGGCCGGCACCGCGGGGCUGAGGAGCCUCCAAGGCCGCCGUACGUUCCCGGGGCUUCCCCGCCAGAGCCGCUCUCCCCCGGGGCCGCCGCCGCCGGCCGCGGGGCCGCCAGGGGGCGCCGGAGCGCGGCUCGCUGCCCGCCGGCCGUGGCGGCGGAGGUGGAGGUGGCGGUGGGGUGAGCGGGGCCGAGCCUCCCCCGCCGGCCCCCCGCGGCACCGCGCAGCUGCGCUCGGCUGCGGGGAGCUGCGGUCGGGCUGGGCGAGCCGCGCAGCGAGGCGAGGAUGCUGCGCCGCCGGCAGCCGCCGUGCCCGCUCCUCCUCAUCCUCCUCCUCCUCCUCCUCGUCCUGUCAGCGCUGGCGGUGGCCUUCAACCUGGACGAGGAGAAGCUGACGGUGUACAGCGGGCCCCCCGGCAGCUACUUCGGCUACUCGGUGGACUUCUACAUCCCCGACCCCGGCAGGGUCGGCGUCCUGGUGGGAGCCCCCAAGGCCAACACGUCGCAGCCGGACAUCGUGCAGGGAGGAGCGGUGUACCACUGCGCCUGGCCCGCCGCAGGCUGCCAGCAGAUACCCUUCGACAACACGAACAACAGGAAAAUUAAGGUCAAUGGCACCAGGGAACCAAUUGAGUUUAAGACAAAUCAGUGGUUUGGGGCAACGGUCAAAGCUCAUAAAGAAAAAGUUGUGGCUUGUGCUCCCUUAUAUCAUUGGAGGACCCUUAAAGAUAGCCCUGAGAAGGACCCGGUUGGCACCUGCUAUGUAGCAAUUCAGAACUUCAGUGCCUAUGCUGAAUAUUCACCUUGUCGCAACAGCAAUGCAGAUCCUGAAGGACAAGGCUUUUGUCAAGCAGGUUUCAGCUUAGAUUUUUACAAGAAUGGAGACCUGAUAGUAGGCGGGCCUGGUAGUUUUUAUUGGCAAGGUCAGGUAAUCACUGCAAGCAUUGCGGAUAUCAUUGCAAAUUAUUCCUUCAAAGAUAUUCUGAGGAAACUGGCACGAGAGAAGCAAACAGGAGUGGCACCACCCACGUAUGAUGACAAUUACAUGGGAUACUCAGUGGCUGCUGGGGAAUUUACUGGAGAUUCUGAACAAGAGUUGGUUGCUGGAGUCCCGAGAGGAGCACAGAACUUUGGCUAUGUCUCAAUCAUUAAUUCUUCUGACUUGACCUUCAUCCAGAACUUCACUGGUGAACAGAUGGCGUCUUAUUUUGGGUACACUGUUGCAGUAUCUGAUGUUAACAAUGAUGGUUUAGAUGAUAUCUUAGUUGGGGCCCCUCUCUUUAUGGAACGAGAAUUUGAGAGCAAGCCUAAAGAAGUUGGGCAAGUUUAUCUGUACAUGCAAGAAAGUGCUUUCCUCUUCCAAGACGCGCAAAUUCUGACCAGCACAGAAGUGUUCGGUAGAUUUGGCAGUGCAAUCACACACCUUGGAGAUCUCAAUCAGGAUGGAUAUAACGACAUUGCUAUUGGUGCACCAUUUGCAGGUGAAGACCGAAGAGGGAAAGUGUUCAUUUACAAUGGAUAUAGUAAUGGGUUAAAUACUAACCCUUCCCAGGUUCUCAAUGGAGCCUGGGCCUCACAGUCCAUGCCUUCGGGAUUUGGCUUCACUCUGAGAGGAGACUCGGAUGUAGACAAGAAUGAUUACCCAGAUUUAAUUGUGGGUGCAUUUGGAGCUGGAAAAGCAGUUGUUUACAGAGCCAGACCUGUUGUGACCGUGAAUGCUCUGCUCAUUCUGAACCCUAUGAUUGUCAAUCCAGACAAUAAGACUUGUCAGCUCCCUGGCUCUCAGCUUUUGGUAGCCUGUUUUACAGUAAAAGUCUGCGCAGCAUUUGAAGGUCAAAGUAUUUCAGAUGAGAUAGUGCUGAAAGGUGAAUUGCAGUUAGAUUCAUUGAAACAGAAAGGAGCUGUUAAAAGGACUCUCUUCUUUGACUACCAUCAGUCACAUCAUUACUUCUCCAUUGUGAUAGAAAGACAGAAACAGCUCCGUUGCCAGGACUUUCUUGUUUAUCUCAGAGAUGAAACAGAAUUUAGAGAUAAAUUGUCUCCCAUCAAUAUAAACUUGAAUUAUAGCUUGGAUGAAUCCCGUUAUGAAGAUGGCUUGACUGUGAAGCCAAUACUGAAUUAUUACCAGAAAAGCUCAUUAACAGAACAGGCUUACAUUCUGGUAGACUGUGGGGAGGACAACUUGUGCAUUCCUGACUUGCAGCUUUCUGCUAUGCCAGAUAAAGAUCCGCUAAUAAUUGGAGAAGAAAACUGUGUAAUGCUCAUAAUAAAUCCAAGGAAUGAUGGAGAAGGAGCCUAUGAAGCUGAGCUACAUAUAAAGAUUCCACCUGAAGCAGAUUACACUGGUGUUGAACGCAACAACAAGGCACUGCGUGUAUUGAGCUGUGAUUACAAGAUGGAAAAUGAAACUAGAAUGGUGGUUUGUGAUCUUGGGAACCCCAUGGUGGCUGGCGCAAAUUUCUCUACAGGCAUCCGAUUUUCUGUUCAGCAUUUUGAAAAUUCAGAUUUCAGCAUCAAUUUUGAGCUGCAAAUAAAAAGUUCUAAUAAGAUCAAUCCAACCAGCAAUUUAGUUAACCUCCGUAUCAACAUCAGUGCUGUGGCUCAAGUACAGGUCAGAGGAGUGUCUCACCCCCCACAAAUUGUUUUGCCGCUUCACAACUGGGAACCCAAAGAUGAACCUACAAAAGAAGAAGAACUCGGUCCUUUAGUAGAACACAUCUAUGAGCUUCACAAUAUAGGUCCCAGUGCCAUCAACAACACAGUUCUCCAUGUCGGUUGGCCUGUGUCCAGUCGUGAAGAAUUUCUUCUUUACAUUCUCCAUAUUCAGACACAUGGACCACUGCACUGUCAGACAAGCUCUCCUAUUAAUAUACUGCAAAUAAAGUUUGCUAUUCCACAAGACACUCCUGAACUUGCUGCUUUUUUGUAUAAUUCCACAAUUUCUCAUUAUAUCAGGAGAAGGGAGGUCACAGUUGCAGAACCUUACAGGAGAAACUCUGCAAAAAUAUUGAACUGUACAAAUGUGAAGUGUAUCCUAAUUUCCUGCAAUGUGGGACAACUGGAAAGAGGGAAGAGCGCAGCACUAAAAAUCAGGUCCCGGCUAUGGGCCCAAACUUUCCUGCAGAGAAAAAACGAUCCCUAUACUCUUUCUUCCAACGUGUCCUUCGAAGUUAAGAACAUGCCCUAUAAAGUGCAGCCAGCAAAGCUCCCCCGGGGAAGCAUAGCACAUGUGUUCCAUACCAGAAACACAUGUUGUGCAGAUCUCUAUUGAUAGUGGUGCCUUCAUCUGAACUGAAGUGCUUUACCCCAGGUGAUAGCCUGCUGUUCUCAACGAGUGUCAGAUGAUCUACCAAGUGAUCAGAUAAGCAUUUUAUUCUCUUACUCCAGCCAGUAUAAUGCUUGUUAUUUGGUGCAGAUGAUUUACAGCAAAAUGCCUGUAAUGGCAACUGUAAAACGUUGAAAAAUGAUAGCGCUUUUAUGUUGUUUCAUAUCUGGACAUGGCAGUGGAUGUUUGCCAGCUCUACAGCUUGAUGUGUUAUAUGCACAAGCUCUUUUGAUGUUCCACUCUCAAGAAGAAAAUAUUUGCUUGAAGUUGGGCAAUGCUUAAUAUUUUUGCUUCUUCUGAAAAAGAUCAGUGGUUGUGUUUUAAAAGUUUCCAAAGAUUUAUUUUGGAAGUUUAUAGUUUUCUUUCUAGAGAGUGCAAGGGGGAAAGUGGAAUAAAGAUUUUAAUAUUUUAAAAUCAAUUGUCAACAGUAUGUACUUAAUUAUCAGCUAGCACCUUACAUUUUGUGCAGUUAGGAUAAUAUAUUCGAAAAGAGCAGAGCACAUGUCCUUCAUUUAACUCACACAGCACUGGUUUCCAGUUAUGCAGGCUGAUACAUAUAUUUAACUUUAAUGGUAUAAGUAAUCCCAUACACAUCAGGUACAUACCGAGUCAUGUAUGUGCUUACAUAUUUGCAGCACUGAGGUCUUUAUUUUCAUCACCAUGGAAUAAAGGUCUGUAUCUUGAACAGAGGUAGAAGAUACAUAGAUCUGUGAAAGGUUAUGAUAAAUGUUAUGAUAAAUUCUGAAUCUUUUAUAGUAAAAUGUUAGAGUGAAAAUGGCAUUGAACAGAAAUUAGCUUUGAACUUAGUGGGUUUUAAAACAAAAUCAGCUAGCUGCUGUAUCAUUCAAGAGAAAAUGUCUUUUUUUCUUAGAGAUAUUAUUAUGGUAAAUAAUAAUGCAACACUUGAUGAAUUUCAUGUGGAAGGUGAAAUGAUACUUUUUAUUAUGCAAAGUCUAGAGUUAGAAUAAGCAGUAGUUUGUUCUAUUUUAAUUUCUGGUUCUUGAGCCCGUUUGGAGUUUAACAAGAUACAAUUGCUUUUCUUAAAUGUUUGGUAGGGUCUUCAGAGGGGAUACCUUUAGUAUAAAGUUUUUGAGCAGUGUCCCACAGUGCACAAAAUUGUUUUCAUACUCAGGCUUAUAACUCAUUUUUAGCUAUUAUAUGGUGAUGAAUACUUUUAUUUUAAAUGUGCUUAUAUUCCAUAUGAAAUGUGUUUGCACAAACAUUUGUAAAGUGUAAACAUAAAUGUCAAUAUUAAUUAUGAAUCCAAGCUCAAGGGAGCUUUUACAUUCUGUUUUUCAGCUUUUUUGCGGAGCAUGCAAGAACAUCAUUCUGCAGAGGUUGGGUGGGAACAUAGAGUGCUAAAGAGUUACUGUCUCAUGGUCACUGCAAUAAAAUGAAUAAGAUUAGAAGAAGGCCAUCAUAAGCAGUAAAAGUGAUUGCAUUAGAAUAAUUAAUUUAGCUACUGUUUCUUAAAAUUGCAGAUAAAACUAUGGAGAAAUUAUUUUUUAAGAGUGUCUUUUAAAGAACAAAAGGAAAAAAAAAAAGCUUUGUGAGAAGCUCAUUAGCAGGUACUGUAUUCUGACCGUUGAUGAAGGAUGUUUGCAACAGUAAAACCUAAUUCCUAUCUAUCCAAAAGGACCUCCUGGUGAACCAGCAGCCUACCACACAUUCCUCUCUCUGUGUUGUGCUGCUGUCCAGUGGAAUCAAAGACAAUUUUGAAACUAUGCUGACUAACACCAAAAUUAGGAGCAAAAUCCAAACUGUAUUAAAACCAAAGUCAAAAAAAAAAAAAAAGAAAAAAACAACUAAUAUUUCUUUUCUAACUCACAAUGUGCUUUAGUGUGGCACAGAAAAAAUAAUAAAAAGGUAAAUUAAAAAGAAAUAAAAGCCCCCCUAUAGAAAUGCUUUCAUGGAAUCACGGUAGUUAUUCUGAAGUUAAGACUAUCAGACAACAUCUGUUCUAAGACCAGCUUGGAUUUUAUUUCCAAUAGCAAGAAAAGCGCUGUCUGUAACUCUGGUUGGCUUCACCUUCACCUCCAUGCUUGAGCCAGACAGCAUUCCUUGUCACCCCAUUGCACACCCAAAAGGCCAGAAGUCAGAUGGAUCCCGUCUUAUGUCUGCAAGGUGUGCUUUUCACCAGUCUGACAGAGAAGCAAUCACUGUUUUCAGCAUUCAAUAUAAGAAAGUCUUCUAGCUCUGAAGAGAGAAAAGCCAAAAUGCAUCUAAAGGACAGUGCCAACAUGCAACACGUAAAAAUUCCACUUCUUCAUAUUGGCCACCUUAGACGAAAACAGAUAAAUCUCCCCCAAAACAUUCCCUGGCUCUGAUCCUGCAGCACUAAACCUACCACAUGAAGAACAGAAAUCCAAGCUGAAUAAUGUAGACUUGUCUUAAAUCAAAAUCAUAUGUAAAAGUGUUGUGGACAGCAUGGGGUCGAGGAGGGACAGUCUUCUGUGGAAACGGUGAAAUGAGGCAGGCAGAACUGAAGGGAUGCUUUGUUUCUUUCUUCCCCUCCAGCUUCUGCCUCAGCUCUGUGGGUGUUCAGGACUUGCGGUGCCAAGCUGUUCACCAGGAAUUGUGUUAGCAGCUCCACCAGUCUUUGUAUAAAAGGAGGCAGCCCCGGGGCGCUAACUCUACUGUCAGUGCACACAGGCAGGAGUGGGACCGCGUGUAAUCCUCUGCUCAUAUAGCUGCUCCAUAUAUCUCAAGUAUUUAGCACAACCAUUGCCUAGUUUUCAGAAACCUGAGACAGCAAAGCGGGAAAGGCUGGGUGAGACAAGAUUGUUUUAAGAUUUUAGCAGGCAAAUUAGCUGUUGGUCUUACUUCUGCUUCAAGAGAGCAGAGCUGAGGCAGCUUUGCAGCAACUUUCUGCUUGGUACAGGAUGGAGCCCAUUUCUACUGUUAUAUUCAUUGCUGAUAAUCUAGGGAUUAUAUACACAAUGUCCUGCACUUCUGUAAGAUUAAGGUUUCUUGUUUAUAUUUCAACAUUUGUCAGGCUCCAGCUGAGCUACUGAGCUAGAUGAAAUUACACUGUGAAUUGCAUGCCACUGUCUGUAAAGGCAGAACAAGAGGAGAAAGAUAGGGAUGAGGAUUAUGAACCCACGCAGUACAAGCAAGGCUGAGCACUGCUGCACCGUUGCUUACAGCGUGGCAUCAGAAAAACCCAGAUGUCCCUAUCUGGAUCUGUGCUGACAUGUUCUCUAAUAGGUGUCACAAGAAGAGCUAGAUUGUCUUCUUCACAGCCUGAGAGGAAAGAAAACAGAGCAGGCAACUGCAGCACACACCUAGGAAGCAGUGCAUCGAAGGAGACAUGGAAUGGCUACAUGGGUACUCACCCAUAGUUCCGUACACUACCUGUCAGCUUUAUCCAAAGCUGAAUGAAAUCCACUGCCCCUAAUGAGAUUCUCUGUUUCCACUGAUUUCAGUGGGGUCUCAAACAUGUUUUGAGGCCUGGAUUGACCCCACCUAAUUUUGAACAGUGAGCUGAAGCACAUUAGUUAGAGUCUAAUUUCUGUGCUCCUGUGCAAUCAGUAGGCAGCCUUAUGAGCAAUCCAGACAUUAGAUAACACCAGGAGCAGCUUAGCUCACCUUUGUCUAAAAGCACCUCCUUGCUGAAGGAGUUGCCUUGGCGUGGAUGAAGGUGGACUUGUGCUCAAGGAGGCAGCUGUGGAUCAGUCAAAUACUACCUCAAAUCUGUAAACAAAAAAUAUUUUGUACAAAAGUAGGAUAAUCUCUGUAUUCAGAAUGUGUGACUUCGUUAGACUGCCUUUCUACCAACCCAUUCGCAGCUGGCCAGCAGCUUGCUGGAGUCCUUUUGUCCUAGUUUGCUGAUGUUGCACAGCCCGGCCUGGAGCAGCGCUGCUGACUCCAUUUCCUGUUGUAUUAACCUCAGUCAUGUUAUGCCACUCGGGAAUUUGGCUCAAGCUAUCCAUACCAGAAAUGACUACAUCCAAUUUUUGCAAGAAAAUGGGUCUUCCCUGGGAUUUGAUCUUACUGUAAAAUAGAGUAAAUCAUUUCAUGAAAUUUCAAAGGAUAGAAAGCUCUGCUUGCGUUGGCUUUCUGCUGUUGCUUGCAAGUGGCACGGUCACUGGGGUGUCACUUGAAUUUCCUCUUCCACAGCAAAAUGCUUGGCUACGUGGUAGUGUUAGCACAGAAGGGAAGCUCAAACCUUACAUAAGUAAGGUAUGUUCAUAGCUUCAGAUCCUUCUCAAAUAAUACAUAUAUUUUUUAAGGUAAUUUCUUGCUUGUGGUACUACAGACUUUGCCAGCAGAGGAAGCACGCAGUAUAAAUGAAUUGUGUUGUGUGUUUUUUUCAGUCAAUCUCAGUUUUCUCUGUCAUGGUGCUCUUUGAAUUUUUGCCAGAGCUUUCUAGCCCUUUCCUCAGUGUUCAUGAGGAUUUCUGAGCAGUAGAAGGGAGACACUUUCUUCGUUGGGCAGCUGAACUCAUUGCUUGCUACAGGCUUCAUGCAGCCCAUCAUGUCCGCAUCCCUUCUGCUUGCCCUUGCCAGAUGAGCCUUUUGCUUUAAUUCAUCUUUUUCCUUAACUGGCCUUUCUCUGGGAGGAGUCUCUGCAGACAGUUCAGAUGACCUUUUUCUCAUUUUCUCAGCCCUUGCAUUUUAAUGCCAGAUGCAGUGCCACUCUGAGACACAAGGAAAGCCAUUCAAACAUACUUAUUAAAUAAGCGCUGCUAUUGCUGAAUCUAGUGACACAGAGAGCCUACAAAGUUCUGCAGUGCUUCAGAAACCUCCCAGAGAGAUGGGAGUGGUAUCCUUGCAGUGCCAUAGUUACUCUAGCAACAUAUCUGAUGGGACCCAGGCAUGGGUUUCCAUGGUUUUUAACUAAUUCUGUUUGCCUUGAAAUAAAUUUCUCUUACUCUAAUUGGCUAACUAAUAUUUAUUCUUUGCAUAUGCUAUCUUUAUGUCUUGCCUUAUGUUAAAUCUUGUAGAGUAAUAACUAUUUACAUUUUUUAUUACCGUUUUGGUAAUACUGUGUCAGAGUAGGGACAGUUGGCUACACAGAUGAUGUACAUGGAGAAGACUAUUACAAAGUGUCUUCCAGGUAAACAUGGAUGAAAGGUCUGCUGGCGCUGACAGAAUGAGACGUCUGGGAAAGAUCAAGAGGAACAGUAAAAUUGGAAAGGGCUAGAAGUUGCGGAAAGGAUGAAGUUUGCCAUCUUCAAGGAGAAAAGUGACAGAGACACAGAACUGAACUAACUGGGAACCAGACUACAAAGUCAUGUCCAGUCUUCAAACUUAGCAUACUGUUCCAUGAAUUGCAGGUGUAUCAGCCACUGAGUUAAUAGCAAAAAAAAAAAAAAAAAAAAAAAAAAAAAAAGAAAGAGAGAGUUUGCAAUUAGUGCAGAUCAGGGACUGGGCAAUAGCCAAGAAAUCUAUUAGGAAGAGCAGAUUUCCUAGCUGUACCUUGAGCACUGAAGAGGAAGAUAAUUUGAGAGUUUGUGUAAUCAGAUUGCAAAGCAAACUUGCCACCUUGUCAUGAAGAAUAAAAUAACUUCAAUCUGCCACAUACCUAUCCUGUUAAAGAGGGACUAGGAGUAAAUGACAGAGGUCCAACAGAAAACCGCAAAGAAAUUUAACUUCCCAGCCUCACAAUUAAGACAAAAAGAAGACAAAAGUUUGACAAAAAAAAAAAAAAGACAAAGACAAAGGGACAUAACUGUGUCUGAGGAGAUAAGAAAAGCUCAAAAAGCUCAAACUCACUCCUUCUCACUGGGGAAUGGCAGGGAGAGAGCAAAUAUUAAAUGAGAUUGAUGAGGAUCCUUCCAAGCAGAGUCGGACAGCAUAGGAUAAAUUUGUCUACAAGGUACAAAGGGGAGAGCAAGGAGGAGGUUGCUUGUAUGGAUGACCCCAGAAAGAGAAAUAAAGAGGGGUUAUUAUUACUCUUUGUCAACAUGAAGGUCUCAAGAGAGAAGUUUGCUGAUUCAACUAAAACCUUCCAUAAAUUGUUAGACACACCUGCUGCUUUAUAGAGCCUCAGACAAUGACAGUGUUUUAUGCUUACUUCCCAUUUACGUAACAGGCAGUAUGCUUGCCUCCUUUCAAGGAGCAUAAUGCCAUACAGGACAUGAGGCUGUAUCACAAGGACAAUGCGUUCUGCUUGAGUUUCAUUUUUGGACUGCUUAGCUGAAACACAAGUCCUAGAAAAAGUGUAUACAGGCUCGUCAGCAGAAAUUAGAGUAAUAAUAAUGUAGCUGGUAUCUAUUGUGGUUUGAAUUAAGAGUUUGGGCUGAAGUCAACCAUUGUUCCAGAAUAUUUUUAUAUAAGUAAGUUACACUGGCCCAGGCUGUACCAGUAUACAUGUGAGGAGAAAUUUUCUUCUUGAAACUUCUUGAAUUAUCUGUACAGAAGGGUUUUUUGUUUUUCGUUUUUGCUGCGUUGUAUUAAGGGGAAAUGUUUCUUACGUCUGAGGUGGCAAGUGCUUUUGUAGAUGUGCAAAUCCCAUUUCUAGUAACUAUCAUGAACAAGAGAAAAGAAACUUGCAGUAAAUGAAGCCAGCAUGGGAAAAUUCCAAGCAACGUGUGUUUCUAAUCUGCAAAAUGCUAUUGAAGUGAAUGCUUAUAACCUGUGUAUUCUACUGUCAGAUUUGCUUUACUUAUUUUUUGUUC